AUGAGCCGGAUUUGCAGGCCGGGCGUCGUGGCGCUGGACGGGAGGACGGUGCGGAUACCUCGCACGGCGGCGGCGCCAGCUGCGCGCGCCGUGCGGCCCCGGGGAGCGGCGAGGCGCCGGGCAAGCACGGGCGUGUUGUGCCGUGCGGCGGCGGCGGGCGGCAGCGAGGCGGGGGGCAUCGGCGCGUUUAUCCGCAACGUCUGUCCGGAGAAGGGCUUCGACGGCAGCUACCGGGAACGCCUGCCUACUGAAGCAUCUAUCGAGGCGGUGCUUCUGGACCUGCUGAGCAUCGGGGUCGACGGGUGCUUGACGCCCGGGUGCCGCCAAGUCGUCACGCUGAGCGAAUCGGCGGCGAACGCCGUCGUGGCGGACGACGGCAGGAUCAUUUUGGCACAGGUCGAGCAGGGACCGAGCGGGCCGGCGGUCCCAGCGCCACGCAAGGGCUCGCGCGCGGUCCUCGCGCAGCUCGUGGGCAUACAGCGCGUCGGGGACAUGGCGUACCUCCAGAUCGUCGUCGAGGAGCGCGUCAUUGUGCAGGGCGUCAGGGUGGCGGAAGACGGGUCCGCUCGCGCGCGCGCCGAGCCGCUGCAUGACCGCUGGGUGUUCUUCACGCGCGCAGAGGCGGUCAGCGAGCUCAGCGUCCAGGCCCAGGACGGCGAGAACCAGCACGCCGGGCAGCCGCAGGAGAGCGCUGGUACGGCGUCCCCGGAGACGGCGACGGCGCUGCGGGACGCGACGGUGGCCGCGCACGACCUGCGCGGCGUGAUCACGAGCGUGGCCGACCUCUGCAGGCGCUCCGGCGACGCCGACCUCGAGGCCGCCGCGGACGAGUGGGCCUACGUCCUCGCGUGGUGCGGGUCCGCCGCAGGGCUCCCCGCCAUGGAGCGGGUGUCCUACGCAGCCCACGCGUACGCCGCCGAGCUGACGCGGGACGCCCUCAACAUGCCCCCGGGCGAGCUGGCGUCGCUGCGGAGCGCGGCGCUGGACGCCACGGACCUCGGAAUGCGCCUCGAGGACGCGUUGGAGGCGCUGCGAGUUGUGCAGCGGGAGCUAGGGGCGCGCGUGUCGCUGAUGGGGCUGGGGGGGGAGUCUUCGGAGGAGGACUGA